CCUCAAAUUUUGACAUAGACAUCUUAUGUCCAUGUACAUAACAACAAACAAAUAUGUAUUAAAUACAUGAAAUGAGCAGACCAAAUUGUCUUGUUGAAAUUUUCUAAAUUGAAUUAAAAUGGGAAGCAACCCUAAGGAUCUGAAGAGGCUCUGUAGGGCAUGUUUGAGUGAUACAAACGAUAUGAUCCCCCUAGAUUCACCUGAUGAGGAAUUUUCAAGCAUUGUAGAAAUGUUCAAAGAUGUCACGAAAAUAGAGGAUAUUGAACCAUGGAAGGACCUUUAUCCAUCUCACAUUUGUAAGCUUUGCUGUAAGAACGUUGUCGAUUGUUACAAUUUUAGAAAAACAUGUCUAAAAUCGAACGAAUUAAUCGAGGAAACUCUUCGAGAGAUGACACAGGAUCCACCUGUAGUCAAUGAAGAUAUCAAGCUGAGUGAUCUUGAAAAUGCAGAAACUGAAAGUUCUGAUGGAGAAAAUAAUGGUGACUUACCUACUAUCGAUACAGAAGCUAGUAUAGAUAGUAGUAGCAGCAGUGAAUCAGAUUUUGAGACGAAAACUAAGAAAAGAAAACCGCGAAAAACAAAUGUUACACGGAUUACUACGAAAGUAAAGAAGAAAGUGAAAUCCAAAAAAUUCGAUACUAAGCUGGUGUUAGAAGCGAUUGCAGAAUUCAGAGAGACUCACAGGCAUAAAUAUCAAAAAACGUGUAUGUUUUGUCAACUUGAAACAGUUUCAUACAUUGCUCUAGCAACACAUAUAGCUAAUUUCCACAAGGAAUACAAAGGUAAAUGGUGCUUCAUGUGCAGUCAAGUUGUUGAGGAUUUGGAAGAGCACAAGAAGGUUCAUGCAGAUAUGGAGAAUGUUAUCUGUAAAUUUUGCUCAAGAGCAUCUAAGCCUACUGGCUAUGUUAGUCAUUUGAAAACACAUCUAGCGUCAAAGCCAUUCCAAUGUACCUAUUGCCAGCGUGGAUUCAUGAGAAUGGACAGUCUUAAAAGUCACCUGAAAGCUCACGCUGACGAAAAACCCAAUUUAGACGAGAGACCACAUAAAUGUCCAAACUGUGGAGCUGCUUUCGCAGACGCAAAAACGUUAGGUUGGCAUUCUGCCAAACAUGGACCGUUCAAAUGCGAUAACUGUUUGAAAAGGUUCAAGUACAAAAAGAGGCUUAGCGAGCAUGACUGUGACCAGAAUAAGGAUUGUUCAGAUGGAAGUGAAUUGAAUAGGGUCAAAUGUGAUCCGAUGGAUUCCAAUAUGGACGUUAUGCAGGAUUUGGAUGAUUUCAUUCCAGAAGAUGAAAAGGUUUCACUUCCUAAUUUCUGCCACCCUUGUAACAGAAUGGUUAAGGAUCUACUAGUGCAUUCUCAGCUUUAUCAUUCGAAUGCUUCAGACAAUCCAAAUGAAUUCCAGUGUUUCGUUUGUAAAAAAACUUACGACACCAAGUCGAAACUGAGGAACCAUUUCAGAACACACGAGGAAAAAUUAUAUAACUGCAAGAAGUGCAAUAAAAAAUUCAAAUCUCCCUCGCAGCUUAGGCUGCACGAGCAGACUCACACAACCGAUAGACCGUUUGUGUGCAACGUUUGCGGAAAGGCUUUUGGACGGGGGAGCACCCUAAAAACGCAUAUGAUAGGUCACAGUGAAAAACCCGAGGUUUGCGAGUUGUGCGGAAAACGAUUUUGUAGACCCGCAGAGUUGAAACUGCAUAUGACCAAACAUGCAGGCAUAAAACCUUACCUAUGCCCCGAGUGUGGUAAAUCGUUCUCACAAAAAAGCCAUUUGACGGAACACUCAAAAAGUCACAGUGAAGAAAGACCGCAUCAGUGUCCUUAUUGCGAGAAAGCUUUCAAAUCUAAGAGUAUUCUUACUGGCCAUAUAAAAAUUCACAAAGGGGAAAAGGCUUAUAAGUGUGCUGAAUGCGGUUAUGGUGCUUAUACUCAAUUCAGAUUAUCACAGCAUAUCUUGAGGCAACACGAGAAAACUGAUGGAUCAACCGAUAUACAUGGAAACUCUCACGUUUGUGUGAUUUGUAAAUUGUCCUUUCCUAAAAUUUAUAAAUUGAACGUACAUAUGCAGUCUGCUCAUAAAGUGGUGUUUAAGACCGAAAUGAAAUAGUUUCAGUUGUAGAUUUUAACUGUAAUGUUUAAUUGUUCACAAAUUUCCUUUGUGUUGUAUUUAAUUUAAACAUUUUCCGCUAUUAUUGUAGCUUUGUUAGGCAAUAUUUUUGAUUAUCAGUAUUUAUUUUUACUCCAACAAUAAAAUAAUUGGAAAUUCAA